AUGCAAAGGUUCUACUACGGUGCUAGAGUGCGUCAUGGUAGUGCCUCUCGCCUAUCUCAUUGUUUCUGCUUUACAAGGUCUUUCUCGUCUCCAGAAAACUUCUCGACGGUUGUCAACGUCCAUGCUUUUGCAGACGGUGCAUCUCGUGGCAAUCCCGGUCGCAGCGGUUGCGGCGCCUUGCUCAUGGAUCCUUCAACAGGCCGCGUGUUGGCCUCAGACACCAAGUAUGUGGGCAAUCUGGAGACUAACAAUGAGGCUGAAUAUCACGGCUUAAUGCUGGCACUACAAUUGGCGAAGAGGCACCAGGCCACGUACGUGCAUGUACACAUGGACUCGCAGCUUGUCGUGCGGCAGAUGCAGGGUCUUUACCGAGUUAAGGCCACUAAUCUACGGCAACUCCAUCAGCAAUGCAAGGGCCUUAUUGCAACGCUUCCCCACGUGACGUUUUCCCACGUCGCUCGAGAAGAAAAUUCUGCUGCUGAUUGUCUAGCGAACGAAGCUAUUGACGAGUACAAUGCCAUGGUCAAUUGA